CCCUGUGUGGCCGGAGUCGCUCCGGCAGGCGAGCGGUGCGCGGGGGUCCGUGCGGAGAGUCGGGCGAGGGGUGCCGGGGUGACCCCCCCACGCCCCGAGCCAUGGCCUGUUCCAUCGUCCAGUUCUGCUGCUUCCAGGACCUGCAGGCCGCCCGCGACUUCCUCUUUCCUCACUUGAGGGAGGAGACCCCCGGCGGCGCCGUGCGAAGGGACCCCAGUAAAUCUAACUGGGAAGAUGAUGGCUGGGGAGCAUGGGAAGAGACGGAGCCCAAAGAACCUGAGGAAGAAGGAAAUGCCUGCAAAACCCAGAAAACAUCUUGGCUUCAGGAUUGUGUUUUAUCCUUAUCGCCAACCAAUGACCUUAUGGUCAUAGCUCGGGAGCAGAAAGCUGUAUUUCUUGUGCCAAAAUGGAAACAUAGUGAUAAAGGAAAGGAAGAAAUGCAAUUUGCUGUUGGUUGGAGUGGUUCUUUAAAUGUUGAAGAAGGGGAAUGUGUCACCAGUGUGCUCUGUAUCCCGCUAGCAAGCCAGAAGAGGAGCUCCACUGGCCGCCCAGAUUGGACCUGCAUCGUGGUGGGCUUCACAUCAGGCUAUGUGCGCUUCUACACCGAGAGUGGAGUACUCUUGCUGGCUCAGCUGUUGAAUGAGGAUCCCGUGCUGCAACUCAAGUGCAGGACCUAUGAGAUACCUCGGCACCCUGGGGUCACCGAGCAGAAUGAAGAGUUGAGCAUCUUAUACCCUGCUGCCAUUUUGACCAUUGAUGGAUUCAGCCUUUUUCAGUCCUUGCGUGCUUGUCGAAAUCAGGUGGCAAAAGCUGCAGCCUCAGGCAAUGAGAAUAUUCAGCCCCCACCGCUAGCUUAUAAGAAAUGGGGUUUGCAAGAUAUUGACACCGUUAUUGAUCAUGCUAGUAUUGGUAUCAUGACCCUGUCCCCUUUUGAUCAGAUGAAGACCGCAUCCAACAUUGGAGGAUAUAAUGCCGCGAUCAAGAACAGCCCCCCUGCCAUGUCCCAGUACAUCACUGUUGGCUCCAAUCCCUUCACUGGCUUUUUUUAUGCCUUAGAGGGAAGCUCCCAGCCUUUACUGUCCCAUGUCGCACUUGCAGUUGCCAGCAAACUCACUUCUGCCCUGUUUAAUGCGGCCAGUGGUUGGCUUGGUUGGAAGAGUAAGCAUGAAGAAGAAGCCUUUCAGAAGCAGAAGCCAAAGGUCGAACCCGCUACCCCACUAGCUGUUAGAUUUGGGCUACCAGACUCUAGACGCCGCGGUGAGAGUAUCUGUCUGUCCCCCUGUAACACGCUGGCUGCUGUAACGGAUGAUUUUGGCAGAGUGAUCUUACUGGAUGUUUCUCGAGGGAUUGCCAUACGCAUGUGGAAAGGGUACCGGGAUGCACAGGUGGGUUGGAUCCAGGUUGUGGAGGACCUGCACGAGCGGGUGCCCGACAAGGCUGACCUUUCCCCCUUCGGGGGCGCUCAGGGCCCAAGCCGUGUGGCACAGUUUUUGGUCAUCUAUGCUCCACGCCGGGGCAUCUUGGAAGUGUGGAGCACACAGCAGGGGCCCCGGGUGGGUGCCUUCAACGUGGGCAAACACUGCAGGCUUCUGUCUCCGGGUUACAAAAUAAUGGGCUUAAACAAUGUUACCAGUCAGAAUUGGCAGCCACAGACACACCAGAUCUGCCUUGUAGACCCAGUGUCUGGAAGCGUGAAGACAGUGAACGUUCCUUUCCAUCUAGCCUUGAGUGAUAAGAAGAGUGAACGCGCAAAGGACAUGCACUUGGUGAAGAAACUAGCAGCCUUGCUGAAAGCCAAAACUCCCAAUCUUGAUUUGGUUGAAAAAGAAAUAAAGGAAUUGAUUCUUGAUAUAAAGUACCCUGCAACCAAAAAACAGGCUUUGGAAAGCAUUUUGGCAAGUGAUCGUUUACCAUUUUCCUGUCUAAGAAAUAUCCUUCAGACUUUAAUGGACACAUUUAAAAAUCAAGAGUCUGAAUCUGUUGAUGAAGGAUUGCUGCAGUUUUGUGCCAAUAAGCUGAAACUGCUCCAUCUUUAUGAAUCUGUUAGUCAAUUAAAUUCUCUUGAUUUUCAUUCAGAUGCACCAUUUUCUGAUAAUGACUUGGCUGUGUUAUUAAGGCUUGAUGAGCAGGAGCUGUGUAAGCUGCAGGUGUUACUGGAGAAAUAUAAGCAGGAGAACACCAGGAUGACCGUUCGGUUUUCUGAUGACCAAGAUGGUGCAUUGCCCAUUAAGACAUUCCUGGAAUACCUGGAGUAUGAGAAAGAUGCCAUCAGUGUAAAGAAGAUAAGUGAAGAUGAAUAUGUGGCUUUAGGCAGUUUCUUCUUCUGGAAGUGUUUACACGGAGAGAGCUCCACCGAGGAAAUGUGCCAGACACUGGAGGCGGCGGGGCUCAGCCCCCAAUUGCUGCUGACUCUGCUCCUGAGCGUUUGGCUCUCAAAGGAAAAGGCUAUUCUGGAGAAGCCACAGUCAAUCUGCUGUCUCCACACCAUGCUGUCCCUUCUGAGCAAGAUGAAAGUGGCCAUCGAUGAGGGCUGGGAUUCCCAGUCUGUGUCCCCUUGGUGGCAACAGAUGUGGACGGCCUGUGUCCAGUCAGAGAACAAUGGAGCGGCCCUGCUGUCAGCACACGUGGGUCAUGCUGUGGCUGCCCAGCUCUCCAGCAGCGGAUCUGAGAAGAAAACGACUGCAAAUGCCGACUCGGAUGGUCUCACCGACUCCUGGGAGGCCCUUUCCCUGGACACUGAGUACUGGAGGCUGUUGCUGAAGCAGCUGGAGGACUGUCUGCUCCUGCAGACACUACUGCUAAGCUGGGCCUCUGCACCUACCACCCGUGUGUCUGCCCUGCAGGCUGAGCCGCUCCCCAGGCUCUCUGUCAGGAAGUUACUGGAAGGUGGCAGAGGCGGCAUUGCAGACACUGUGGCCAAGUGGAUAUUUAGGCAGGACCUCAGCCCCAACAUCUUGAAGCUGGCCAAGGACAGAGAUGCAGAAAAUUCAAAUGAAGCCCAGGAAGGUGUUCAGAGCGGCUUUCUGGGGGUAGCUGAGAUGGAGCUGGACCUGGGAGUCAUACCCGAGCUGCUGCGCCUGGCCUACGAGCAGUUUCCCUGCAGCCUGGACCUGGAUGUGCUUCACGCUCAUUGCUGCUGGGAGUAUGUGGUCCAGUGGAAUAAGGACCCAGAGGAAGCACGGUAUUUGGUCAGAUCCAUAGAACACUUGAAGCACAUUUUUAAUGCACACAUUCAGAAUGGCAUUGCCCUGAUGAUGUGGAAUACAUUCUUGGUUAAACGAUUUUCUGCUGCUACCUACUUGAUGGAUAAGGUUGGAAAAGCCCCGAAGGACAGGCUCUGCCGAAGGGACGUGGGGAUGAGUGACUCGGCCUUAACACCCUUCCUGGGCUCAUGCCUGGACCUUCUGCAGACGCUGAUGGAGGCUGAUGUGAGCCGAGAUGAAAUGCAGGCGCCAGUGUUGGACACAGAGGAUGCAUGGCUCAAUGUGGCUGGCCCUGUGUCCAUUGUGGAACUGGCCUUGGAGCAGAAGCACGUUCACUACCUGCUAGUGCAGCACCACUCGUUGCUGUGUUCGCUGCUCUUCGCUGUGGCCAGGUUCUCGCUCAAGGCUGUGAAGCCCUUGGCACUCUUCGACAGUAAGGGGAAAAAUGCCUUCUUCAAAGACCUGACUUCCAUCCAGUUACUUCCCAGUGGGGAGAUGGACCCAAAUAUUAUUUCAGCACGACAACAGUUCUUACUGAAGGUCGUGAGUGCUGCUGUCCAGGCCCAGCAUCCAGCCCACAAAGAUGGGGAGUCUCCCGAAGGGCCUCCUGCCACUCCCCUUGGAAAAGACCCCGACUGGCCAGCUUUGGCCAUGGACUUGGCCCUGCACCUGCAAGUGAAUGAAGACGUGGUCCGGCGGCAUUAUGUGGGGGAGCUCUACAGCCAUGGGGAUGACCAGCGGGGUGAGGAGGCCAUACUCCAGGUCCAUGACAAGGAGGUUCUGGCCUCACAGCUGCUGGUGCUCACGGGCCAGCGGUUGGCGCAUGCGUUGCUGCACACGCAGGCCCGGGAGGGAAUGGAGCUGCUGGCCCGUCUGCCACCCACACUCUGCACCUGGCUCAAGGCCAUGGAUCCCCAGGACCUGCAGAACACGGACGUGCCCAUUGCCACCACAGCUAAGCUCGUAGGCAGAGUGAUCGAGCUGCUGCCUGAGAACCACGGCCAGUACAGUGUGGCCCUGCACCUCACUGAGGCUGUCGAGGCCCUGUCUCUGCCCGGCUCGGGGGCACAGUGACGCCGGUACUCAGGUUUUAUAUGCGAGUCCUAUGAGACUCCGAACUGUGCUGUUCCUGACCUGAUUCCUCUCGUUUGCUCGCCCCCAAGACACACUCUCACGUGGUUUCCACGUGUCUUUUUGCUCCAACAGCGGUUACAUCACUGCCCAACCCUCCUCUCUCCCCCCCACUUGCAUGUGACAGAUGAGGUUCCUGUGAGUUGCAACAACUCACAGCCCACAUGCCGCUGUCACUGUGUGUACCCAUGUGUGGUGCCUCAGUCACAGCCAUGGGGAAACAGCCCCCUCUCCUGGGUGCAGCUGAGAGACUGCGGAGACUGGUGGGGCCCAGAGCAGAAGUGUAUCCAUGGUUCCCAUGUCCAUCUAAGAUGCCACACGGGACCAUGACCUGGAGUACGUGCCAAAACUGACCCAAAGGAGCAAGCCUAGCAGCGAGAGUCCUAGUACAAGUCAAAAUUAGCUUUUGUUUUUGUUUUCCUUUUUAAACCAAGAUCUAGAACUAUCCACAUCAGGUCACUGUAAAAAAUGUAUUAUCUUGUAAAGCUUAUGUUCAAAACAAAAGGGCAAAGAAGCUAAACCUUUUUAGUCCAACUUUAUUUUUCUUACAAGUGUUCAGAAAUGUCUGCUUCUGGAACCAGACAUAGGGCAGACAGACGAGGCUGAGAUGGGACUACGUCAGCAAACCUACCUCACAGCUGGCCAGAUGGUGAAAGGCGGCCAGCUCUGCGCUCCCAUGCCCAGAGUAACACUACAGUGCUGAGGGAGGAAUCAAUUAUCAGUAAAAAUCAAAUGAACCGAAGCUUCCUUACACAGUGCACUGAGCUCUGUCCAUCCUGGAAUGUCCACACCCCCUGGGCUCAAUGUGGGCAGAGUAGAGCAUCACAUCCUUAAAGGGAGGAUGCCAGUGCCGCAGGUGCCCAGGUGAGACCUAUGAACAAGAGUGUCAGACAAGCAGAGCAGCUUGUUUUGAGUUGAGUCUGGGUGAGGCCUGUAAGCCUGACGGGGAGCAGGUGGGAGGCCAUCACUGGAGCGGCCUCAUGUGCCAUUCCCCCCCACUCCAAGUUUCCUCCAGUCUAUACUUAGGCAGCUCUGAAAGCCAUUAAGGGUCUGGAGGCUGCUCAGAGAAGCCCAAAGUUCUAGCAUUUACUUCAAGUCAUGGGAUUCCGCUAAUAACUCUUGAUAACAACCCGGCUGUUCUGCUGUGACAUUGUCAACUUUGAGUCCCUAGUUGGAGCUAUAAUCCUCAAGGUCACCAUUCAUGGGAUUGGGAGUUGAAAUCAAAUUCCUGGGUUAAGAACUGCUGUGAGGACCAGGAGGUUGGAGGCUGCAGCACAUGUGGGGCCAUGCUGGGGCGAGUGGAAGGGAAAUGUGGAGCAGGGCCAGGAACGGGGGCAGUGGUGCUCUUUGUAGCUGAGGGCCUGAUCCCACACACAGGCAGUUCCUUAUUGUGCCAUCCCUUCGGGGGCUUUUGGUGUGAAUCUGGUAGGGAGGAACGGAAAUACCCAGGAAGAGCAGUGAAGGGUCAGAUCCUGUGGCUGCAGUGGCUGUGCAAUAGGCCAGGCUGAGCAGCCCUUUUCUAGAGGGGCCUCACACUCCCCACACCUUCCCGAGGUGUUGGGCCUUGUACCAGGAAUCUCUGCAGAGCAGUGACUGGGAUGGGUAGGUCCUAUCUGUCGGGGGAGAGAAGAGGCUGAGCCAGAACAGGUUGAUAAAGGGGCUGAUGUGCGCAAAUGGUAAGGAGAAAAGAAUUGACCUUUAUUAGAAGAACUCUAAAGUCAGAAUAAAAGUGAUUAAAUUGCUUUCAAAACAAAGCAGGGCUUGGUGUAAAACUAACGCGACAAAACUGGAAACAGGCAAUGUGACAUUACUUGCAUCGGUUCUUCCUUUAAUUUAUGAGAUGCUAUUUUCCACAUUCUCAAGUGUAACCAUGAAACUUCCUCUCACUCAGAUAGGAAACUAAUUUGUUGGGCUUCAAAUUUUGUCUGCUUGAGUAGAAUUAGCCAUUCCUAGGGAAAGAUGGACACCAAUCUUAACCUGUUUAUAAGAAGCACUAUCCUCUAUUGUAAUGUACUGUAAGAAGUGAAAUUCUGUAAAUACUGCUAUUUUCGGUCUGCUCACUGUUGUGAACUUAUGUAUAUCAGUAAAGUAAAUUUUCAGCUUU